UUCAGUGUCUACGGAAGAGUGCGGGAGUCUUUAAUACAACACAGAGCAAUAAUGACUGCCUUUCAACACAGGACUUUUAAUAUCCAAAUGACGCAAGACUACUUUGCUCAUUUAAAUCCGUUGGCUCAACGCAUUGCAUCUGAUAUAAAGACAACGCAAUCAACUUAUGGUCAGCUAUGGUACACACUGAAGCCGAGCGAACAAAAUGACAUUUUGAAUGAAACUCUAAUCAAACCGGAAAUAUCUUUGAAAUAUUUUGAGAACUUUUCAUCAUCUUUAGCUUCGCUGUCAUCAAACUCAACUUCAUCUUCCUCCAGCUCGUCUUCCAGCGCUCGAAGUGGUUCUAGAGGCGAACAUAUACUACAAAGUUCGCCAAAAAACAAAGAACAUAAAAGUUGUAAAAUUUCAAUUAGUGGUGCUUCAACAAAUUCCUUGACAGAUUCUUUUCUAAAACAGACGCAAAGUUUGAUUUCGGGUACCCUAACUGCGCGUUCUCAGGAUACAACUUUAGCGCAGCUUCAUGGGAAACUAAAAGCGCCAUCGUCUCCACCGCCACCACCGCCUAUGUGUUUCGCAAAAACACCAGUAAAACAAACUGAAGCUAAAUCAGGUUUGGUAAUACCAAAAAAGUCCCACAUUAAACAUACGUCAUCAAAAAAUGAGGUGAAAUCUUAUGCUUUCGAUGGACGAAAUCUUUAUACUUAUGCCGUACAGAAAGUUGCCCUCAAAAUUGUUUAUGACGAUGUUUUGGGUGCUUACCGCGACGAACAUUCUCGGCCUUUCAGUUACCGUACAAAUUCACAAAUUGAUCUGCAACAACAGUAUAAACAAGCCAAUUUAGGUGAUAUUACACUUAAAACUGCUAGUGAUGAAAUAUGUCUACUUCAAAACAGUCCUAGCAACGAAAACACUACUAAAAACAGGGAUGUCACAAAGAAUUAUGAACAGUUGCAACAGGAGCUAAAAAAUAAAUUGAAUAGUCAAUUAGGGAAGCCACCGAACGAGAACUCCAUCAACAUCACCAGCGUUAAUAACAUUAUAUAUAAGCGUCUUUAUGGUUGUAAAGAUAAUGGUCCAGCUAAUAAUUUCGAUGCUAAUAAACACUCGACAUCUAUAUCACAGCAAGUAUCGAAAGCACAGCCUGUCAAUGAGAACCAGGUCACUUUCUUGCCGAAAGUAAGUCGCUGUGGAAGUGAGAGGAUGUUCUCGACUGAUAACGACACGGCGAAUGUUACAUGCUUACUUGCCAGUGCACCAAAACAUCAAAACAUGUCUUAUGCUGUGUACACAGAUGCUUAUUUCGAAAUAGGCGAGUCAGCACUUCUUAUGCGCAAUUGUAGUAACAGUGGAAUUCUGACUGCUUCGUCAAACUCGUCAACUGCAUCUGAAGAGGAUCACAAUAAGUACGAGUAUGAUGACGACAAAACGUUGUGUGAAGAUAUACGACUUUUGGAGAAUGAUCUAAAUUUACAGAGAGGAUUCGAUUUUCUCAAUAAUUGGUAGAAUGAUUUUUAUGCCCAAUACAUAUAUACGUAUGUAUAUGCUUACUAUUAAACAAUUAAAUUUUUACUACUAUGGGCCAUCCUGCGGACGAGA